GCUCUCCAAAUGAUAUGGCUGUGGGAAAAUUCAAAAUUUGCCUGCGGCAUUUCAAAGUGCAGGAUCGUUGUAAAGUCACCUCUACCUACCUUAAGUCGAAUGCAAUCCCAUCUAGGCAAAUUAAGAGAUUGCCAAAACGUCAGAAAACCUCACAGGUCACAACAAAGCCUCCGCUGUCUCAUCUUUGGGAUCACAACUACUGUUUGUUUUACAAACCUAAAUCAAAGACCAACAACAUUUGCUAUGUGAGCGGAUGUUAUUCUAGAGUGAAAAAUGGCACAAGAUUACAUCGAUUCCCGGCCAAAGGAACUAAGCGGUUUAAACUGUGGCUUAAUCUGCUCAAGUGUCGUUUAAUGCCCACGAAAAACUCGAAAAUCUGCAGCAAUCACUUUAAGCAGACAGACUAUCUUCCGGGUGGACGAUACUUAAAAAAAACGCGAUACCUGUACCUUUUCCCGUUGGUUUAAGUAGACGCUCGAGCUCACUGAGUACAUCUUCAGGUGGCUCUGAUUCCGAGCCGGAUGCUGUUAUCGACUCAGAUUCAUCGUCCUCUCAUCGUGGCAGUUUCGAAGAGUGCGAAGACUCCAUCCUGAGCGAUGUCGACCAAGAUGACCAGCAGUCCUUUCUUAACAGCGAGAACGACCAAGAGUUCAACCCUGGGGAAGGAUGCUCACUGCAAUUCCAGACGGAUGAUUCGACUCAUCAAUGCACAGAAGAUUUGCGUGAAGAUGAUGCUGGCCUAGAUGAGAACAAUAACACAUACA